UCUUUGCUCCUGCUUUUGCUGUGAAUCGGCUGAAUAAAGGACAAACACACAGAAAAACUCCUGGUGAAGCGACUGAGAUCCACGUGACACACUAUUAUAAAGAUGGCUUUUAUUAAAGAGGAAAGUGAAGACAUGAAGAUUGAUGAAACACUGAAACACAAAGAUACUGAGGAACAAACAGACCCGAUGCUGCUGGAAGAUGAGAUUCAAGAACUGAAUGUUGUAAAGGAAGAGGAACAUGAUUUCAUAACUGGGGAAAACCAUCCUAGCUGCUCGCAGACUGAAAAGACUCCCUCACGAAAAAGGGCUCGAAAGACGGGGGGUAGACGAUAUUUCACCUGCUUUCAGUGUGGAAAGAGUUUCAGUAAACGUGAAAACCUUAAAGCUCACGUGAGAAUUCACAAUGGAGAGAGUCCUUACCCCUGCCAACAGUGUGGGAAAGGUUUCACUGGAAAAGGAAGCCUUAAAGUCCAUAUGAGAGUUCACACCGGAGAGAAGCCCUUCACCUGCCAACUGUGUGGGAAGAGUUUUGCACACCAAGGAACGCUGAAUGACCACAAAAGAAUUCACACUGGAGAAACGCCUUUCACAUGUGAUCGGUGUGGAAAGAGUUUCAGACGUAAAUUAAACCUAAAUGGCCACAUGAGGCUUCACUCAAAAGAAAACUGCUUCAAAUGUCAUCAAUGCGAACGCAGUUUCACAGACAGCAAUCACCUUGAGUGGCAUGUGAUCAGUCACAUUGGAGAGAAGCCUUUCAUGUGCCAUUACUGUGGAAGGACUUGCUCAAGCAAAUCAAACCUCGAUGUGCACGUGAGACUUCACACUGGAGAGAAGCCUUUCACCUGCCAACAGUGUGGAAAAGGUUUCAAUGAAAAAGGAAACUAUCAAGUCCACAUGAGGCUUCACACUGGAGAGAAACCUUUCAUGUGUCUUCAGUGUGACAUGAGUUUCACAUAUCGAAGAGACCUGAAACAGCAUUUGCGAGGUCAUACUGGAAAUGGCAGUGUUGUGAUUGGUCUACCGGUUACAGCGCGUAGAAACAAAAAGCCCAUUAUGUGAAUCUCAGCUCUGGAGGAUUCCUAAAAUCGGCAUUGGUUACUGGAAAUUACUUUAGAACAGGGAGUGAAAUUGUCUUCAUUAGUACUGUAUUAAUGGCAGUUUAGACAUUAUUAUUGGCGUAUUCU